GUUUCCUUGCACCCCUUAAGGGAGAGUAGAUAUGGUGGACUACUACAGGAUUCUGGGUGUCUCUAAGACUGCUACAGAGGCUGAAAUAAAAAAAGCCUAUAGAAAACUUGCUUUGAAAUGGCACCCCGAUAAGAAUCCUGACAAUGCAGACGAGGCUAACAGGAGGUUCAAGGAAAUAUCUGAGGCUUACGAAGUUCUUUCAGAUGAGAGGAAACGACGAGUAUAUGACCAGUACGGUAAAGAGGGACUGAAUAACUGCAGAGGACGCCGCGCUGCCGCCGACGACGAUUAUGAAUAUAGCUACGCUAGCUUCCCGUUCACAUUCCGAGACCCCGAAGAGGUUUUCAGAGAAUUCUUUGGCGGCUCUUCAUUCAGCGAUCUUUUCGCAGAAAUCAAUGGGCAUGGACACCAUCACAGACACGGACGCCGGAGUCAUCAUCCGAGUACCUCUCUCACUUCGUCUCUGUUCAGCCCGUUCGGCUUCGGCAUGCAGGGGCUAGACGACAUAUUUGCUCACGCUGCGUCCAACGGCAACACGUUCACAUCGUUCUCCACAUUCAACAGCUCACUGGCGGGACCGGGAAGCGCCAACAUGAGAAGCACCACUACAACUACACGUAUGGUUAAUGGAAAAAAAAUCACCACUAAGAAGGUCACGGAGAACGGUCGAGAGACAGUGAUGUCUUACGAGAAUGGGGUCCUGAAAUCAAAGACUGUUAAUGGAGUACCUCAGUCAUUAACAUACAGUUAAAUUAAAUAUUAGCUCUUAACCAAACAUGAUCCAAAUGUUAAUUGUAUUCAAAUUAAUACGACUUUUAUAAGUUCCGGCAAUUUAAUUUUACUUUUGAUUUAUAUCAAUGUUUUCUUUCAAAACGCUUCGACAGUUAAAAGUCAACUUUUUUAGCUAGUUAUUUUACUAUACGUCAUUUAUUUGAAUUAAAUAGUAACCAUAAUUCGUGCCACAUAUUAUUUUGGAUCAAGUUUUGUGUUCAUAAUAUCAAUAACGUUCGCAAACAUAUGAGAACACUAAUAGACUAAUUAAAGUGUAUCCUUAUAGGCCAAGUGCUUUUAACGAAUAAUGUAAAGAAGGUACCUAAAGAUACCUAACUUUUCAAUUAUGUACGUGCCGAGUACAUUUUAAGUUGCACCAAAAUUUGUUUAGUUCUUUUGGUUUUAGUUAUUUUGAACUUUAUAUGAAUAAUUUAAUGAAAAUAUCACUUGAACUUGUUGGUCUUUUAACUGUCGAUAUAUUUUAGUGACGGCAACAAAAUUUUAUCCUAAUAUUAGUUACUCAGAGUUAAUGUGCUUGCAAACGUAACUUUUAACCAUAAGUAGGCGAGUGGAAAUGGUAAACAAAAUUUUGAAUAGCAUCUCGCUCUGAAUGAUUGUUUUUAACCCGAUGCGGUCCCGAUCAUUGUUUCAUCCUUUUUACAUUUCGUGAGGCGCGACUCGCGAUUUAUCAUGUUGCUGCCAACUUUAUAAGUUUAUUUUUAGUAAUUAGCCUUUAGAUAUCACAUUUAUUUGUAAUUUCGAGGAUGAUGGAACAAUUUAUGUGUAUAAUAAAAUACUAUUGCUUUCGAACUAUGUAACAACUUACGAAAUAUAAAUGAAGUAUUCAUUAUUUUCAAUUUAUCGCAUUUUAUUUCCGCAGUGUACAUAGUGUUUCUAAUGACACUAUUUCAACUUGAUAGUCGUUAAAGCUUUAAUAUACUAAAACACAGUGUUUGAUAGGUGGUGGCAAGUUAUUCAAGUCCAGACAGGCUUCUACCCUCGUUGCAUCUGCAGUAUCUAUUACAGACAUCAAAUAUUAGUUUCAUACUUGCACAUAGAUAUAAUUACACGCCCUUGCCACAUGCAACAUUGUGCUUAACAAUAAUUAUAUUAAUAUGUAACAUCCAAACUACACACUUCAAUAUAUAACUAGAAAUAUGUAAAUUUCGUGUACUUUUAGGCAUAACGCUGCACAUAUGAAUACUAGAGUUAAAUAUUAUAUAAUUGUUCUUGCCUUUAAAGGUGUCGUUGGAAUAUUGUCAGAAAAAUUAUCAUUCCUAGGUGUUAAUAAGUACAGUAUAAAUACAAACUUUAUUCUCUGGGCCAAAUAUUUCGAUGCUUUGCCAACAAUUAGCUUCUAUAUUUUUUCUAAAUUGUAAUGGCUAUGUACAUCAAAUGGACGUGCUCAUUCUAUCGUAUUGCGCUUACGUGGUUUCGAUAUUAAUGUAUGUACGUAAUUUAAAAUGAAUUAUAGAAUAUUUUUAUUACCCAUGUACUUAAAUUGAAUAUCGAUAGAUGUUUCACAGACGUCUGUACUGUACAUUGCUUACCACGGAUGAGAUGACACACCAUAUUAGAUGUUUUCAUAUUCAGUAGUGCCAUUACGACCGUUUAGAAUAAUAUUAUGUAGUAUCUACGUGUUUACAUUGUAAAUAAGAACUUGCGAGAUCUCGUUUCUAAAAUUGUCGGCAUCCGGACAGCACAGCAAAAGGAAGGAUUAAAUAAAUAAUAAUUUGCAUAUG